CUCAGAAAUCAAAAACAAACUCUUCUGCAAUGUCAUACAGACGAGAACUAGAGAAAUACCGUGACCUGGAUGAAGAUGAGAUCCUUGGAGCCCUGACAGAGGAAGAGCUCAGGACACUGGAAAAUGAGCUAGAUGAACUGGACCCUGAUAAUGCACUGCUGCCUGCAGGCCUGAGGCAGAAGGAUCAGACCACCAAGGCACCCACGGGUCCCUUUAAAAGGGAGGAGCUCUUGGAUCACUUGGAAAAGCAAGCAAAGGAGUUUAAGGACCGAGAAGAUCUGGUCCCCUACACAGGGGAAAAGCGAGGAAAGGUCUGGGUGCCCAAGCAAAAGCCAAUGGAUCCCGGGCUAGAGAGUGUCACGCUAGAGCCAGAGCUGGAGGAGGCAUUGGCAAAUGCUUCAGAUGCAGAACUCUGUGACAUCGCAGCAAUUCUGGGCAUGCACACGCUCAUGAGCAACCAGCAAUACUACCAGGCCCUGGGAAGCAGCUCCAUCGUGAACAAGGAGGGACUCAACAGUGUGAUCAAACCCACACAGUACAAGCCUGUGCCCGAUGAAGAACCAAACUCCACAGAUGUGGAGGAAACUUUGGAGCGAAUAAAGAGCAAUGAUCCAAAACUCGAAGAAGUCAACCUCAACAAUAUUAGGAAUAUCCCCGUCCCCACCCUCAAGGCAUAUGCAGAGGCCCUAAAAGACAACACACACGUGAAGAAGUUCAGCAUUGUGGGAACCCGGAGCAAUGACCCAGUGGCAUUUGCCCUUGCAGAGAUGCUCAAAGUGAACAGCGUGUUGAAGACACUGAAUGUGGAGUCCAACUUCAUUUCUGGAGCCGGAAUCUUGCGCCUGGUGGAAGCUCUCCCUCACAACACUUCUCUCGUAGAACUAAAGAUCGAUAACCAGAGCCAGCCCUUGGGCAACAAAGUGGAGAUGGAGAUUGUAAACAUGUUGGAAAAAAACUCCACGCUUCUCAAAUUCGGAUACCACUUUACACAGCAAGGGCCCCGGCUGCGAGCAUCCAACGCUAUGAUGAACAACAACGAUCUUGUGAGGAAGAGAAGGUUGGCUGACUUGAAUGGACCCAUCAUUCCCAAAUGCCGGAGUGGUGUCUAAUCUGGAGGUGGUGGCCGCGCCUUUGAACUGGACAUGCUCUACUGAGGACCUAAGCUCUGCAGUGGAAGCCAGAAGGCAUAAUGUCGGCACAAACCCCCUCUGUGGUUCAGUUCUUUAUGCACUAAGGUUUUAGGUUAACUAGUGGUAUCAGUGAGAAUUUUAUAAACUAUGGUUAAUGUGAAGUUUUUCUUUAGUCACAGAAGUUUAGUCUGGUUAUUAUUUAAAAACUAAAAGUCCCCACACCAGCAGAUCUUAUGGAAGGUGAUGGUACUCUAGCAGUGACUUAAUCCUGAAGUAUAAUUCAGUGGUCUUGCUGUGUGAUGUUUUAGACACAUUUAAAUUGCCCAACACAUGAACCAACAGCACACUUCCACAUGCUUCAGCAGCAUUACAAAAUUCUUUAUUACAAGUCUGACCUUAGCUAGCGAGCUAACUGAACAGAUAAUCAUUUAGUAACCCUCCUUUUAAAUCUGAAAAAACUCAGGACUAAAUUGCCAGUUGACUACUAGAUCAAGAAUA